AUGGCUGAUGAGUUGGCUCAGCGAUACUCAGCUUUAAGGCUGGAGGAGGAUGAAGGGGAUUUGAUUGACCUGUGUAGUAUUGAAGGAAAAGGUUCGAAAGACAAUAUUGAUUUACUGUUAAUUGGGCGUCUCUGUACCAAUCGUCCGUAUAAUGUUGAGGCUUUUAAGCGAACGAUGCUGAAGGUAUGGAACCUAUCGAACAAUCUUGUGAUUAGGGUGCUUAACCCUAAUUUAUUUGCUUUUCAGUUUUUUCAUUGGAGAGACAAGGAAAAAAUAUUAAGGGGAAGACCAUGGUGUUGGGAGAAUCAUCUGUUAAUUUUGGCAGAGAUUGUGGGGGAUGAACAACCCGAUCGUGUGAAACUUAAUCUUUCGCCUUUUUGGGUUAGAGUGAUGAAUCUGCCGUUUAAUUGUCGUUCGAAUGCUGUUGUGAAAGUAAUUGUCUCGAAUUUGGGGAGCUUAUUGGAAAUUGAGGUUGAUGCUUUUGGUUUGGAACGUUAUAGAAGGGUAAGGGUGAUGAUAGAUGUUGAGAAACCCUUGAGACGUUACCAGUGGAUGAAGGAUAAAACUGGGAAGGAGGUGAGGGUCGAUUUUAAAUACGAAAGACUGCCAUACCUGUGUUUUUCUUGUGGAAUUAUCGGUCACUCCGAGAAAGAUUGUGUUAAUGUGCCUGAUGAAGAGAAGUUGCAAAAGUUGGGAUGGGGUCUAUUCUUACGUGCGUCCCCAAGGAAAGGUAUAUCGAAGAAGGUAGAGGAGGAAACCAUAAUUUUAGCUAGUAAAAAGCAAUUGUUCAUUACUAAGGAUAAUGAUCCUUCUCUUAAGGGUGAUAUAGCAGGUGAGGAGGACUUGGGAAGGAAGGUUGUUAAGCGGCCUGGUGAGGAGGGGGAGGAUCGUGAAAAAGGAAAGAUUGAUGAGAAUGUGCAGGGUAACCAGCUAUGCUCGAUCACACGUAUGAACACAACUACUAUGAAGGCUCCUAUUAAAGAGACUGGAAUCGAAGGGCAACAUAAUAGUCUGGAUGAUUUGCCUUACAAGUCUUUUGCGAUGGGUCUGACUAGCCCAAAGAAAAAAGGAAGGAAGGUUGUUAAAGUUGGAAGAUCACAGGGGAAGGGGACUGCAGAUAUGGAGACUAAUGAGUGA